AUGGCACGAUCUCAUCUGCCGUCCAGCACCUGGCGUCCCUCUGUAGCGAAGGACCAUGCCUCUGCCCGUGGUUACAACUUUCCACGCGUUAUUGUCACCUUCUGCGCAGUCACACUGCUCGUGCUCUGCUGCAUGGUUCCCGUGGGUGCUGUCCCGCCUCCGGUGGUGGAGUGUGAAAAUGGAGGCUCUGAGACGUGCACUGUCAACAACGCCUAUGGAGCCAAUUUCGAUGGGGUCACUUGCAAGGCAUCACGAGUGUUCUACCCAGCGUCUGAGGACGAGUUCAUUGCUGCUGUUGCAUACGCCAGCCAGAACAACCUUCCGGUGAAGGUGGUGAGUCAGUUCAUCCACACCACAGCCAAGUGGUACUGCCCAGGGGGGCAAGCAGGCGUCGUUAUAGUCACAACCUUCUACAACAGCAUUCAGCUCGACACACAGGCCAUGACCGUCACUGUAGACGCGGGUGUCAUGAUUUACGAUUUCUUCAGCUACCUCGCUCGCCACAACGUCACUUUCCCCACUGCGCCCUACUGGGACGGAGUGACUGUGGUUGGGGCUAUUGGCACCCGCUCACACGGCAGCACACUGCAGUUCAAGGGUGGGCGCAUGGGAGAAUACGUGAGGGGGGUGCGGGUGGUGGUGGCAGCAGAUGAGGCGAGUGGGUGGGUGGGGGUGAGGGAGGUGAGCAGAGGAGACGAGCUGCUGGCUGCUCGCCUGCACCUGGGGCUGCUCGGAGCCAUUUCCAAGAUGACCCUCGAGGUCUACCCCAUGUGGAAACGCGAAGUCACCUAUUACAACACCAGAAUUUCCAAUGUCUGGGGUUUCUUAACUCUCCUCCUCCGCCCCGCCUCGCUCCCUUCCCCUCCUGCCCCACCUUCCCCUUCCUCCUUCACCAUCACCUCACCCAAUGUUUCCCGCCCCAUCCAUGUCCUUUCCUCUCGUCAACCUCGUUACUUACUACCUGCCUGGUUACACUCCCACCCUUACGCAUCUCUGGAUCUAUUCUGUGGGCCCCUCUCUGCCCUACCCUCCCCUGACUGCCCCGCUCUCCCCUCACUUCCCCGCUCUCCCGUCACUUCCCCGCUCUCCCCUGACUGCCCCGCUCUCCCCUCACUGCCCCGCUCUCCCCUCACUGCCCCGCUCUCCCCUCACUGCCCCGCUCUCCCCUCACUUCUCCACCCAUUCUCAUUCCACAGCGAUGCAAAUCUGGAGAACGAGAUUCUCUCAUUCGCGCGCAAUACAACCUUCCCGGAUCUCAACUGGUAUCCCGCCGCACAGAGGGACAACAUGGUGCCUGUCUCCCGCCCCGGCACCGGCUCCUACGCCCUGCCCAUCUUCCGAGGCCAGUUCGACUACAUCUGGACCGCCCUCGCUGCCCUCGAUCAUCGCACACAGACCUCAACCAACGAGCAGGACAUUUGCAACCUGUGGCAGACCGUGCAGGUUCCUGUGCUCCUGAACCUGGGGGGUGGCUUCACCAACGAUGGCACACUCUUCAGGGGCUUCCCUGUUGUGGGCUAUCACAAUCGCUUCCAGACGUUCUCUGGGUGUGAGGACGCGGGGCGAACCCCCCUGGGCCGCCAGGUGUGCCCGUGGGACCCACGCAUCAACGGGAUCCGUUUCUACGAGACCACAUUCCUCAUCCCGCUCACCAAGCUCAAAGAGUUCAUCCUUACCAUCAAGGAGCUCGCAGUAGCCCGACGUCUUGGCUUCUGCGGCCUGGCCAACUACGGAGGGAUCUUCUUCCGCUUCAUCCGGGGUUCCGACACUCUGCUGGGCUCAACAGAGGACUCUGUGAUGGUCGAUAUUCAGUACUUCCGCAGCAAUGACCCGUCCCAGCCACGCACCAGCCAGGAUGUGACUGACGAGUAUGAGCAGAUCAUAGGGAAGAUGUUUAACGGCAAGCCGCACUGGGGAAAGAACAAGGAUGUUUCCUUCAUUGACGUUCCCAGCAAGUACCCCCAUCUUCCUCGCUUCCUCAAAGUCAGGGAGGCGUUUGAUCCAAGGGGUCUCUUUCUCAACGAGUGGGCGAAGCGAGUGCUGGGUCUGUCACAGCAGCCGGUGCAGGUGUAUGGCGAUCAGUGCGCCAUGCGGGGCCUCUGCCACUGCGCUGCUGACGUGCACUGCAACCCUGCCCUCGGGUCUUACUGUAGGCGUGGGCUGAUUUACACUGAUGCUACAGUGUGCAAGACACAGUAA